UGGUAAUGCUGCUGCAGAAGAACCUCUAUCUAAAAGACAAACACCUUCGUAACAAGGGUGAGAUGAGUUUUGAAAGAGAUGAAUUAAUUGAGGGCGGUCGUAAAGGAUUGAUGAGCAAUGGGGUGAAUUACAGGGAGAUUAGACAGUACCACCGGGAAAACCAUCUUCUCCGAUUUUACUUUGUCACCAGAUGCUACAAUACCUAUGUGGAAUCAAUAUUGUCUGACAUCAGCAAAGACCCCAAACCAGAUAUCAUAAUAAUGAACUCCUGUCUGUGGGACAUCAGCAGAUAUGGAAAAAAUGGUGUAGAAGAAUACAAGGUGAACUUGGUUCGCCUUUUUGACCGUUUUAAGGAGAUAGUGUCACCUGACUGUCUUGUCAUUUGGAAUGCCACUCUGCCCAUCUCAAAAAAUGUACGGGGAGGUUUCCUGAUACCAGGGAUUGAGUUCAUGAACAGUACAUUAAGACUAGACAUACUGGAGGCUAACUUUUAUGCCCAGCAGGUGGUUGUGUCUCACGGCUUUGAUCUUCUGGAUCUUCAUUACUAUAUGAGGAAUCAGCUACAUCGCAGAGCUGGAGACGGAGUACACUGGGACCAAACUGCUCAUCGCCGCAUCUCUAACCUACUCCUGACACAUAUAUCAGAGGCUUGGCAAAUGAAACUCCCAGGGCGAUCUGAAGAAAUCAGACAAGCAACAAACCAAGUUGGGCAGCAGUUCUUACCAAGGAACACAGGCAGAGGCCAGUUUUCUGGUGGUCAUCAGUAUAGGAGAGGUCCCAAUAACUUCAGUGCUUCUGCAAACAGAUGUGGAGGUUUGAGAGAACCUGAUUAUAGAUCCCCGGUAAGCAAUCUGUAUGGUAACUCUGGCAACAUGUGGAAUUCAAAUAACAAUGUUCCAUCGGAAACGGCUCCAAAUCCAAACUCGCAUUACCAAAGGUCUGCUCUGAGAAGAGAAAAGGCAACAGAUACUUGCUAUAUGAGAUGCAAACAAGAAGAGGAUUAUUAUUACAGUGGACAGGAACAGUUAGGGGAGCCAAGUGCUAAGUCAGAGGAGUUCCGCAAAGAUCUGCAGAUUCCAACAGGAGAUAGAUUUCACAUGAUGGAUAUCAAUUCUAACAUUUGUGCACCCUUUACUUGGAAGCCUUACAGUGAACAGAAUAUCCCAGGACACAGUAAAUCAAGAGGCUUCAAUCAAAAGAGGAAUCCAUACCACAUGAGGGGGAAAAGGAACAGGAAUGAUUCCAAUUGCAACAAGAAGUUUGUGUAAAUGUUGUAUUCAAAACAAUGUGGAAAAUGGUAUCUCAAAAAGAAAAGAUAUUUCUUGG